UGUGCAGCUGCGCUGGUGAUAGUGGUGCGAGUGCAGGAUGUGCUGAUGUGCCUGGGUGACCGCGCGCGCCUCACUUAUUGUACAUUAUGAGAUAAAUUUAGUCUUCUAUAUUUUCUCCCAGUCUUCAUUAUAAGUAAAUUGAAGCAGGCAAAUAAAUAAGAGACCGUAGCAGCUAAAACAGCAGUUGUGUGUUGCCACGAUUGUCAUAGAGUGGCGAGCACACGUUCGGAUGCGUGUAUGCGUUUAAUAGAUGAUUAGAGUAUACCUGAUUAAAACGGAAACAGCAACCGACUAGUUCUCUUUCGUUAAUACUUCUACUACUAAUCGUUCCAUCAGCCAGUAUUCACGCCGGCGACACGGCCCGAAGCAAUGGCUUCUUGUUCCUCCGACGCUGUAGUAACAGUGCGUCGUUCGAGACGCAAACUACGAUCGGUCAAUGUUGGCGACGAUGACCUAGAACGACAUCCUAGUCACUUUCAGGAACGUCGGCGUCAGUGAGCGUUAGCGUGUGUGGGGUGCUGUCGGAAACAGCAGGCGGUGACGGCGACGGCGACGGCGACGGCGACGGCGGGGACAGGAAAGAAGUUCAAACAAAGAAGCGAAGUGCUCCGCUAGUGAGAUCGGUUGACGCGCGUCUAAGUUACUUACUGGGUCACCGCUGAGUGUGCUACUAUGAUUAUACCCCCACGACAACGUUCAUCUUCAAUCUUCUAUAAUCGUAUGCAAGAGUGCGUGUUCUUCCCAUCGUGCGUUGAUGAGCCUGAGUGCUUUGGUGGUUGAAGUGAAAUUGUUCUCUGUGUGCUCAGCUGUAGCCUGCUAGUAUCGCACCUGCUAACGAAACUCAAUGGAAAAAAGCCCAGCCAACGAGAAUUACCUAUACAUUUAUAUAGAUAUACGUAUCUAUCGGCAAAAUACUACUACUGUAUUGCCACCUAUUUACAGUACGCCCAGCCAAUAAGAAAAUAGAUGCCGUUGGCGUCUACCAUCAGCUAGCCAGGAUCAGUUCAGUCUUCAGACCAAUACCAUCCAUUAAUUAGAGCCGGUUAGUCAAUUGGUAUUCUACAAGCAGAAGACAAGCACCACCUUCAUGUAUCUCAAAGGCAAUAUUAUUAAAAAAUCGAAACAUUAAAAAGCACGUUAUCAUUAACUGCACCCUCUGGGACAGAAGCCAUAGAUUGGGGUCUACGAAAACUGCCAACUGAGUACAACUAUCUAGGAAAGCGUUAUUACAAACACAUGCAGAGAUUGCAGAAACUGAACGCCGUACAAUGAUCGCAGUAGAUCUGCUGCUAAAAUCAGGAUAAUAAUUUCCAACGCAAUAAGUCGCUGUUAUCACGAGCAGAAAAAUUCAUUAUUGUGCCCUUCAUUGGUAGUCGCACAGGCCACUAUGACGAGACGUAACUGCUGACAUCGUUGCUGCUCGUGCUAUUUGGUCCUAUUCUACAUAAGACUUCGAUUGGUGCGCGAGGCCCACGCUGUUGACUUUUUCAUUAUAUUGUAGCGACUGCUGCGGCAAUUCUAAUCCGUUUGUCCCGUAUUCCCGUCUAUUAAGCGUUCGCUACUGACGAGGCAGUAUUUAGGCCACGAUUAAUUUCCCCUUACAACCUUGAGCCUUGAUCUCGUCAACGAAGUGACGUGAUGACAGUCAUAUGGAGCGGUCACCGACGCCCGCCCGGCUAGGGCAAGGUUAUGGGGGGCUGCGCGCAAGGCUGAGGUGGUGCAGGAGGAGACGUCAGCAGGUACGCGGACCCCGAGCUUGGCGGAGGCAAGUGGAAACAGGCAUGAAGUGAGAACCCUCGAUCAGGCCGGUGACGAUCUCGAACUGCUUCGAUGCUAUCUUGGGUCCGCUACCUCGCCAGGGUCGUCAGGACUACUCGGACUUCUGGACACCGCCAGAUCUCAAUGGUAACAGCAACAGCAACAGCAGAGGACACUACCAAUAGUAAUAAGAAGAAGAACAGACAAACGAUAGAGGCAGCUAGUAGCGAGAAAAUAACAACAGCUAUAUACAGAGCUCCACCAAAAGUCUCGUUAGAACCAACGACGAGAUCGAAAGUAACGAUCACAACGCAGAACGUACCGCAAAUAACAACAACAACAACAACAACGAAGACAAAUACCGAAUCAGAAACAGCUGUGUCUGUGUUAAGGACGUUUGCGAAGUCAGAACAACAGGAUCAGAAGCAAUCCGCAGUGAGCGCGAGAUCAGAACUUCGGUCGUUUUCGUUACUACUACAAACAGUUACAGCUCAGCAGCGACUUGACUGUAUGUUCCGCUCUCGCUGUGUCCACGACGAAACAUGUCAUGUUCACACGGCACCCAGUCGAACAUUUGCUGGUGGCUGACGCGUUCCGUUUGCAAUGCUACAAUUUUUACAGGUCACUACUGUUAUUGUCAUUACUAUCUACAUCGUCACAUUCAAAUUUCUACAAUUCAAACUACCUCAGACACCGACCCUCAGCAAGUACAACCCAACAACGACAGUUAUUACCAAUUGUCCAACAGAUAUUUUUACAACCAAAGAAGGACGAAGCGAAACAGCGACAACGGAGAACAACAAAAUCUCAACAGCUACAGACAACAGCAGCAGCAGCAUCAACAACAGAGACGACAAAACAACGACAAACCAAAAACAGAAACAACACUUUUACUGUCUAUCAGCAGCAGCAGCAGCAGCAGCAACGACAGUACUGCUACUGCAGCCCGAACAGCACAAGCAGAAACAGCCGAAUCAGCUAUUACCGCUGUGAUAAGUGCUGCUACGAUUAUUUCGGCAGGGGUCACCGCGAAAACAGCAGCCACAAUAUCAACUACAGAUUACUAUUACCGACGUUCGUCAGCGAGGCAAACUGCGGGAACUGUUACUCAGGCAACCAUCGAACGUAUACUCGCGCGGUCGGUAUUAGGGCACUGUUCGAGGCGACACCAGAAGGACCCAGGUGGCCUUCGGACGCCUCUGUAUCCCUCGGCCGCGAAGCGGCCAGCCGAUUGGGGGUCGGCCUCAGCCGUCCUCCAGGCGCCUGUCCAAAGAAGCUUUCCCCAACGAAACAACAGGCAAAGGCAGCCAAAAGAGCAGCACAGAAGGCGCAGGGGCUGCAUCCCGGCUUCGGACCGUGCUCCGGUCGUGAGAGCAGGCCGUGUAGGUGGAGACGCGAAUGUGCAAGCGGAUUUGAAAAAGCUCAGAAACAACAGCGUCACCAUUGGUGCUGAUGGUGGCGAUGGUCAGUUACAGUGCCCGCGACGACAGAAAUCUGUGACGCUGAUAAGCGUUCACGACGAAAACACGCGACUCACCAAGUGUUGUCAGUAUUUAGGCUGGUUAAUCAGUCAGUCAAGUUACAUCAUGAUGAUGAUGAUGAUUGUGGACUGCGAAUGCUGCCGGUAAUUGUUUGAUUAAACGUUGAUAUAAAC